GAAAGCUCUGUGUGUGUAUAGGGCGGCUGAAGAGGGGCUUUGGAUUGGCAGUCUUUGCUGUAAGAAAGUCCUGCUGGGCUGGAAAGGAGUGUUACUGACAUUCAGUAGGGCAUCCACAUAAAUCUGGUCCUGUUUUCUUCUCAAAAGACUCAGUUUGGAAGUCAGGAGUCCUGGCAGCAGGCGAUCGGGCGGUGAGGAUCCUCUGGUGCGGCCUCGCCUCCUCGCCCGGCUCCCGCGUCAGCACCGUGGACAGCACAGACCCCCCUCUCAGGGACCCUCCGGCCCGCAGGAGCACUCUUCGGGUUUCGGCGAUCUCAUCAGUACCGCGGACAGCGCCCAGGCCCUCGCUGGCCUCGGCCAGCCCACCGGCUCUUCAAAUCAGCACCGCGGACAGCCCCCCUGGACCAGCCCAGCGGCAGCCAAGUACUGGUCAGAUCGCCCUGAAGAUGGCCACUGAGGUCCACAAUCUUCAGGAGCUCAGGCGAAGUGCUUCACUGGCCACCAAGGUCUUUAUUCAGAGAGACUACAGUGACGGCACCAUCUGUCAGUUCCAGACCAAAUUCCCGCCAGAGCUGGAUAGCCGGAUUGAGCGGCAACUCUUUGAGGAGACUGUGAAGACCCUCAAUGGUUUUUAUGCAGAGGCGGAGAAGAUCGGGGGCAGCUCCUACCUGGAGGGCUGCCUGGCCUGUGCCACGGCCUACUUCAUCUUCCUCUGCAUGGAGACCCACUAUGAGAAGGUUCUCAAGAAGAUUUCCCGUUACAUCCAGGAGCAGAAUGAGAAGGUCUUUGCUCCCCGAGGGCUCCUGCUCACGGAUCCCGUGGAACGUGGGAUGAGGGUUAUCGAGAUCUCCAUCUAUGAGGACCGGUGCAGCAGUGGUAGUUCCAGCAGCGGCAGCAGCAGCGGCAGCGGCAGCAGCAGCGCUGGCGGGGGAGGGGCGGGGGCCCGGUGACUGGCCGAGAGUCCCUGCAGGGAGGUGUAUGGCCGGAGCGAGGGGCUGGCAGAUCUGCGGAGGCUGCGCUACCAGAGCACUCGCUUCUGAGUUUU